AUGCCGAAAUCACAUACAACUAACCAUACAACACCUUUAUUGUUAUUUAUGAUUUUUGACUUAUUAUUAGUUCAAUUGUAAGUUAUUCCGUUAAAGCUUCAUAUCUAUAUCAUGUUUUGUAUUGUUUUUAGUUUAUGUUUUAGUUAGAGUUUGUUAGUGUUAGUUUACUCCCUCUUUCAUAGGAAUAAAUAUGAAGGGUACGACCUGCAUCAAGAGGUGUCGGAAUGCAUCAGUCAGGGAGCAGCUUACUCCCAACUUUACCCUGUAGAAGUGUACGACCUGAUGAAAAUGUGGCCCUCCAUUUGCAUAGAUGCAGUGCUGAGGGAUGUGGAGGGAUACAAUGUGUUUUACGAGGCCAUUCGACCGAAAAUCUCUCAUCCAGAUCAUAUUUUUGUUCAAAGGAUGAUCACACCCAAGUUAAAAACAGAGGACAUCCACAUAUGUUUGGAAUUGAGUGGACUAGGCAAAAUAUUCGGACAUCCCAUAAUAGACAUGGAAGAAAGCAUAAGUAGCUGGAUAGGGAAAGGGACAGUAUUGAAGCUGGAUAAGAGAAAAAUGGGUAGGUUGUGUAGUCAGAUGUUCAAGUUCGUGCUAUGCAGGAGGUACUAUGAAGAGCGUAACAGAUGGUCUCCACUCGAGUUUGAUAGUUAA